CAAAAAAAGAAAAAAGGAAAAAGGAAAAAAAAAAUAUAACCUCCAUAUUCCCUGAGUCUCUUCUUCUUCUUCUUCAUCUGUGUCUGAUAUAUCCUUCUUCUUGCUUCUCUAAUGGAGUUUCUUAUCUUCUCUUAUUUUGGUUUGAGCCAGGGAAUUGGAGCUUAGGUUAGAGCAUCAUAUGACAAGCACAUCACCAUCCAUGUUCUUGAACUACUUCUUAUAGGAAUUGAUCUCAGUGUUUGAAGUUUUUGUGAAUCCUGGUCGUUUAAUUAAGGUUUACGACGAAGACGAAGAAGAAGAUGUUACAGGAUAUGAUUCAUCCACCAGAGCAACGCCUUCCUAGCGAUAAGGAUAAUAUUGAAUUUUGUGAUCAAGAAUUUUUCCCUGAUCAGACUCUACAAAACUCUGAGGUCUCUUCCUGCUCAAACUGCUGCUUUGAAGAGAACUCUUACACUACCAAUCUCUCUUUCUCUUCAUUCCCUUCAGAUAUAGGAAAGUCCAAUAACAACAGCAACAACAAUAACAGCAAUAACACCAACAAUCUCUCCAUCAUCUUUGAUUUUCAAGAUGAGAAUGAUAAUAAUAAUAUCUCGGCUUCGAUAGAUUUUUCUCCACAAUCGACAUUUUCGAAUAUGCCUCCAUUGUUAGCAACUCAACAAAAUCAGUUAUUUGAUCUCUCUUCACUGCAAUGCCAAAUUCCCUUAAUAGGGGAUAUGGGUAAUGUGGGGUUCUCAACAUACUCUCCUGAUGACCCAGUUGUCUCUCUCAACAAAGGACCUCCUCCAUUAAUACAAUCUGUUUUUGAAGAUGAUGAUCAUAAUUGCUUAUCUUCCUCAUUACCUUCUUAUGUUCGUUUGGAGGUCCCGUCUUCUCCUUCAUGUUCUUUCCUUGAUCCAACUAAUUUAGGACCUUUCUUGCCUGGGAAUUUGAGCACAACAAUACUAGCUGAUCCAUCAUCAGAACUAGUUUUUGGUGGAAAUAUUCUUAUGGGCUCUGAUUUGCAGCCACAAGAGUUGGAUUUUCAAGGUGAUAAUUGCGGAGUUUAUGGUUCUGAUUCAAUUCAUCAACAAGUUUACAACCCUGGUGAUAUACAGGCCCUUAAUAAUGAAAGAUCCCAACUGGUGAAUGGUGGUGGGAGUUCUACUCUAACAUCAGAAAUCUCCAAUUUGGAAGAAUCCACCUACAAGGUUGGAAAACUCUCAGUUGAAGAAAGGAAGGAGAAGAUCCAUAGGUACAUGAAGAAGAGAAAUGAGAGGAAUUUCAGUAAGAAGAUCAAGUAUGCAUGCCGGAAGACUCUUGCCGAUAGUCGGCCUCGUGUUAGAGGAAGAUUUGCCAAGAAUGAUGAGUUCGGAGAGGCAGCGAGAACCAGUUACAGCACUCAUGAAGACGAAGACGAUGAAGAGGUGCCGGUGAAAGAAGAAGAGGAAAUGGUUGACUCUUCAGAUAUUUUUGCUCAUAUUAGCGGCGUGAAUUCCUUCAAAUGCAAUUUCCCAAUCCAAUCUUGGAUAUGAAGAAGAUCAUUGAUCCUCAUGGUGAGAUCGCAAUCGUGUACAAUUUUGUAAGAUCCCCUCAUCACAGUGGAGCCGAUGAUAGUUCCGUUCAGUUGAAAUAAAUUGAUGGGGUGGACCAUUGUUAUUUCUAUAUAAAUAAAUAAUUGAAAUUUUAUAUCAAA